AUGUCCGCUAAAUCACCCGAAUCACCCGAACAUUACAAGGACCGCAGAGUCUUAUUAGAUCUGGAGCUUGUAAUCGAUGAGCUUGAAGAGCACAAAAAACACGAAAUUCACCUGGCGGAACUCGAAGGACUUGGUAUUGUUCACCAGCGCAUGACUCUGGAUAGAGAAGAUUCAGCCCGCAAGCCUUCCUUCUUCGCGCCACAUUCUAGCAUCCCGAAGCCUAGUGAUGACACUGUUGAUGAGCUCCGAUCGACUUUGGAAUUUGAGGACACCUGUUUCACGCAGCCUGUCGACCGGGCACGUCAGGUUGCAGGCCCCUGGGCAUCCUAUGUUCCCUACGGGGUGUAUGCUCCGUGGACCAUGAAAGAUAUUGACGAUUAUACUCCUUACAAGGAUUUGUAUCAGGAUCAUAAGCCUGAAUUUGGACCCUUUAGGAUAUCGGAUAUCCGUGGAAAGGGUUUCCCGCACACCAAAGCGUUUAUUUACAACGACAUGGACGCUACAGAUGAGUCGAUUCUUCGUGGGGAGCUUUUGGUUAUUCUUCGCCUGAUGCUGGGCCAGCUGAGGAAGCGACGCCUCCUUCAUCAUAGGAAAGCACCGGUCUUCCUGGUCUCAUUCAUGGGCAAACGUGCCCGCGCUUUUGAAUCUUAUUUCAACGGCCAAGCCCUCGUCUUGCGCACUACUAAACUCUACAAUUUCCCCGAGGACACCUCUAUCGGGUUCAAGAGUCUUGCAGAAUGGUAUCUCAGCUCGCCGACAGGGGAUACAUCCAAGGUUAAUAUUUAG